GUCAACCCCGGCGAGGUGUCCCACAUGAACAACCCGGGAGCUGAAAAAUGGCGACCAAUGGCCAUAUCGAAUCCAUCCACCAAGUUGCGAAUGGCAAGAUCCAUGCCCCAUUGGGUCAUGGCGCAGCAGCAAGCAGAGCAGCAACAUCGUCGGCUCCCGACGCCUCCGAAAAUCCCGCCACCGUCGCUCUCCGGGGACUGUGGAGACCCCGACUACGAGAUCAUCGAGUUUCCGACCCGACCGCAAGCCCAGAAACCCUCGAUGCCCCAAUCGAAUGCUGGUAAGUGCGCCCUGUGCGGCACUGAUAACGUGUUCGCGCGUUGCGACACGUGCAACGAGAACUUCUGCGAGGCCUGCGACGACAUGAACCACAAGCAUCCGAAGCGGAAGGGCCACGUCCGUAGAAGGAUCCUAACCGCCAACGCAAGCAGAAGCAAACCGCCACUCCCACCGAAGGGGGAGAACCUGUUGAAUCCUCCACCAGUGCCACCACCGCGGAGGAAUCGCAAGACCUCUCAGGCUAAAUCAGCGCUAAUCAAAGGAUCUGCGCAACUUUCUUUGCUCGACAAGGUGGGGAGCUUGAAGCGCAAUUUUUCCAAUGCAAAACCAUCGCUGGACUCGAGCGCGAGAGUGUCAAAAUCUACGAAUACUUUAAACACGUCUUCCAAUGAUGCUUCAGGAACAGACAAAAUGACUACUCUACAGGAGAGAUACAGAAAAUACCAAGAGGUAAUGAGGGCUCAAGAUGCGAAUAGGCGACGACACCCAUCCGCUGAUACGAGGGACACUUUAAGCGGAAGACCACUCAGCGUAGGCAGUCCAAAACCGGCACCGCCACUUCCGCCUCCGCCGCCACCGAGAACUAUGAUACAAUCAGCCAGCGUUUGCGACUUGACCGCUGCUCAUAUGUGGAAUUCAGGAAUGCAUCAGGCCCAAUCAAUGGCACAUCUCGGACCCGGCGGCAUGCCGAUGUGGUACCCACCGGUUAACUCCUGGGAUGUGUCGAUGGGAGGUUCCAAUCUGAGCCUACAUCAUCCAAGCAUGUGGGGAUAUCCCAUGGGCUAUCCGUCAACACAAAUGCUACCUUCGCAUUAUCCGGGAUCUCUUUCUAGAGGGCACAGUCCAGUCAGAAGCGUUAAGUCUAGAAGAUCGAGACCAGCGUCUCCAUCUCCUAGUCUGAAAUCCAGGAAGUCUUAUGCUUCAAGAUCGCGAUCGAAGAGGUCGCCCGGGUCACCAUCGGAUGCGAGUUCUGAGAACUCCGACGAGUCCGAUAUAGACGAUAGACUUUCCCGUGGAUCCAGAAGUAGACGCGGCAGCGUUCCCAGAAGUAUACGACAACGAAGCUAUCACGACGAAGAUACUAGAAGUCUCGUGUCCAGAGGUCGACGAGAAAGAUUAAUGACCGAGGAGAAAGUGAUGAAUGCCGAGGACCAAUGGUCCGAAAGUCCGUCCAGUAAACGAUACUCGACAUCCUCGAAAAGCUAUGAUGAAUUUCAAAAGAGCAACACUAUCUCUUCUGGACGACGUUACGAUCACGAUGAUCGUUCGGUUUCCAAGAUGGAUCCUCGACUGGAUCGCGUUCAGAAUGGAACUUAUCGCGAUCGCCGAAGGCGAAGUACCGACGACGAGUCCUCUGAUCGAAAAGUUAAUACGCCGAACCGAGCACGAGUUACGAGCUCAUCUGACGAUCAUUUCGAGAGGGUGGAGAACGCUUUGAAAAGGGCGUCAUCCCUUCGAAGGGACAUAAUGUUGGAUGAUCUGGAACGAUCUUCUCAUCGCGAUUCUCGUAGAUCGUCCUUUGACAGCGAUCGUCAGAUUAAGAAGACGCCUUCUCGAGAAGUAGCUUCGCCAAAAAGAACACCUAGAGAAAGAACGCGUCUUCUGGAAAGACAGUCUUCUCAAGGAGGACACUCGGAUCACGCGAAUAAGGACGAAGUUGAAUCACAUUUAAUAAGAAAAGAGCAACAAAGGCGUGAUAUCUCGCGAGAGCGCGAACUCCUCACGAAAAGAGAGUCGUUCCGGCAAAAGGAUACUUUUGAUAAUUUAGACCAAACUUCCAACAAACGAAGUUCCGGAAAAUCUUCUUUUGAAUCCGACAAUCAAAGUGUCAGAAAAACGCCCUCUAAAGAAAUACCGAUAAGAAAGGAGAGGGACAAGGAAGAUUCAGCUUUACCUGAAACAAUAGGUAAUCUUCAAGUUACAGAUCGUCAGCGAUCGAUUGAUAAAGACCGUCAGUCGAAGGAUUUGAUACGAACUGCCGAAGCUCAACAGAAGAGACAGAACAGUACUGAGACGAAACAGCAGCAAACGCGAACGUCUCAAUCUCAGAAGGAACCAAAGAUAGAAAAGAGAGACACAGUCGGAAGUACAAGUGCAUCAUCCAAGAAAAUCGCGUCCGAUGAAACAGUCGCGAUGGAAAUUCCUAAAGAGGAAUGGGCUUGCGAGCAUUGCACCUUCAUCAACAAGAUCAACGAUCGCGUCUGCGUGGUUUGCUGCAAAACGAAGAGUAGCGCUUUGCCACCAAGCAUCUUGAACGAUGACCCCGUGAUCGAGCCGAUUGAGCCGCGAGCACCGAAAAAUGAGAUAUCAAAUAACGUCGGCGAUCCCAAUCACGAUCCCGAGAAGCGGACCAAGAAGAUCUCCAACAGCGAAGAGAGCGGCGACAGCGGAUCCGUUAAGAAUAAAGAAGCGAUUGCUCCAGACAAUGAUUCUCUCGUAGAGAACUCUGAAACUACGAUCACAGCUGUAGCUUCGCAAGCAAAAGAGGCGUCGUUGAAAUCGACAAACACGACAUCGCCAGUCGAUGGGAAUUUGUCCUCAGAAGCAUCAUCCUCGGUGUUAACAUCUUCGGUUGCGAAUACUUCGAAGGCAGACAAUACGAACACGAUGUCAGAUGAGGAAAAGAUUCGAGGGAAACUUUUGAAGAGCCAUUCGGUAUCUACGGGAACAUCUCCUCCACCGCAGAGCAUCUCGACCCAAACUUACGACUAUCUCCCUGCAAAAGGGACUCUCAGAAGAUCCGCGUCGACAGCAACGUCAAAGAGUUACUCAUAUUACGAUGAUAGCGAUGGUGAGACGAAGCAUUUGUUUCAGGAACAAGCCGGAUUCGUAAAUAGUCCCGAUUUGUAUCCGCGAGCGUUGCAGGAACAGUAUCUUCAGCAGUUGAUAAUCGAUCACCGAAGCAGAGAGCGGACCAGAAGAAACUCCACCGACUCGUCCCAUCUUUAUUAUCGUUCCAGGGAACCCAGCCAAUCAAGAUACACGGAAGCAGGUUCCAGUACAAGUCAAACAGUCUCCACGUUGACCCGCCAAGGAUUGGAGAUAGUAGAGCUCCUACGGGAAGCCGAGAAGCAGGGAUUCACGACCGACGACGUUCAAGUCGCUUUGGCGCAAGGCGCACCGAAUCCUAUCGAGUGGCUUCAGACGCAGUGGCCGCAUCUGGUGGAGACUGUGCAGGUUUUAGUGACCGCGCAGGGCAAAGAAUUGAAGCAGAAUAGCAUCGGUGUGCUCUCACCGGCCGAGGCGAAAGAGGCCCUACGAUCAGUCAAGGGCGACAUGUGGAAUGCAGUUGCGAUAGCUAUUCAACACAGGCAGCAGAAAUGCGAACAGAUCAUGGCAAAGGGAAAUUUUGCGCUCACUGACGUUAUCAGAGCUCUCGAUAAUAACGCUGGUAUCGAAGAUGCUACUCUGCUUGAGUUGCAGAAGAAUCAGCUCAAACCCUUUUUAAUGAGGAUCUGGGGUCCUCCGGUCGGGGUGGAAAACGAGGAGGCUGCACCGCACGAAGACGCAGCGGGUGCGGUCGGUGGUGGGACGGGGGUUGGUUCCACGGAACAAGUUUCGAAUGUGUCCGAUACGGAAGCGCAGAAGCAGGUAAUGUCACCAAUUGUUGAUCAUUUCGUGGCGUUGCAGGCCGACUUUCAAAAGCAACUGGCAGCCCUCAGAGAACUGACCGAUAACUGGCGACACGAGAAAGAUCCCCCGAAUAAAUUGGGUAAUAAUAAGUCUGAUAAUCUGUACGACUACUCUGAUGAGCCCACUGUUCUAAUCGAUGCAAAUCUGGUCCCAAGGGCCGUACAAGCGCUCGACGUAGCGGAGCCAAGCAAUCUUACGAUCACGCGGCAAGAACAGACGACCGUAGAUUCGCGGGAUGACUCAAAGUACUCGUUGAACACUACGAAACCAACAGAAGGCUUGGACCAAGUAGAUGCCGCGUUGUCCACAGAAAUUCCCGCAUCCACACUCGAUGAUCUCGCGAAGACAAGUGCAAUGGACUCCUCACACACGCUUGAAUACUCCUCGAAAAUUGAUAACGCUGAUUCAAUCGGAGAAUCAUCGACGAUUGAUCCCGACAAAAGUGUUGUGCAAAUUACUGAAUCCAAUCUGCUAAAAUUUGAUGGUCAGAAGAACGAUGAAGUGAAACAAACCUCGCGGUUGUACGAAGAGACGAGAGAAACGCGUGCUGACACCUCGACUACAUCGAUCGAUGAAACUGCAGUGGCGACGGAAGUUACGAAUUUACCAGAAGAACAGGAAAGAUUAUUACCAAAUAACGCCGGAGUUGAAGUAUCCUCAUCACAUAGAACUCCUGCGCUUGACACAACGAAUAAUACGGAACCGGGUCAGUCCUCUUCUACGCGCCAGGAAACUUUGAGUGGUCCUGAAUUACCCUCUGAUAUAGCAAGACAGAGCACCGUGAUGGGGAACAGCGAGUCACUCGUCGAAGUUGGGAAGUCUGUAGAAUUGAGCGGAGCACUUCGUACCUCUUUCUCAAAUUCGAGUGUUCCCCAACGAGCCGAUAUAUUGCCGCAUGCAUCGCGGGACGAAUCCUCAAUCGCGGAUACGGCGAACGUGACGGAGAAAGUACACGCGAGCGCAUCCGAAAGGGAUCUUUCCGCACGGGAGCAAUUUGAUCAGCGUGUUAUAAAGGAAAUCCCCACGCAGAACGACGAGCCGCAUAACGUAACGGUGGAAGCUCUGCUGUCUGCCGUGAAAUCACUGCCGGAACAGUUUUUGACGCCGUUCAUAACAGCGAUGCAAAUGCUGUCGCCCGGGAAAGGUGAUGUCAACGUAACUUCCGAUGUGCAACUUAUGAACCAGUUAAAUACCUUACACAGCAUGAAAAUUGAUGACCAUAAAGUUGACGUGUCUGAGGCCGAAAUCACUGACAGGACGAACAUUAACGCUCUUCAGAAGUCAACGAUAACAGAUGUUCCUUCAAAAAUUGAUGUUGAGCAGAAGCCCGGUUCCGCAGCCGUGCUUGAAAACAAAACUGGAUCGCAGUCGCUUUCGGGAAAAGGUCAAGAAGGUAAACAUUUGGAGAAUAGUUCCGAAAAAUUGAAAAGCAACAAGAUUAUCGAUAAGGAAAUCGCAAGAUCUAAGGUUCCGGAAUCUCGGAUGGUGAAGUCUCGGUCGAGCGUUCCAGACAUUAAGCAACAACAUCAGGAUGUCAGAUCGGUAGGUACAGACACGGACGAGUCUAACAUUUCGCAAACUAACAUUGCAACGGAUCUGACGUUUUCCGAUUCGGUGGAUGUAAUGGACAAAGACACUCGUGAAGAAUCUUGGGUCAUGAACGAGGCGGUAACAUCAAAUAUAGAAAUAGCUGAAGCGUCACAAACGGACGUCGCCGAGGAAAUAUAUCCACGUAAGAAUUCUUUAGAGAUAGUCGACGUGUCUGCAAGAAAUAAUAAUCAAGGAGAAUCUGUCGGAGACGAAACCGUGUCGAAGGCAAGAUCAGCCGAGGAAAUGCAUUCAGGUGAAUUAUCGAGUUUUUACGUGCAACCGUUAAUAAUAUCUUCAACGCAUGAUCAAUCUGGCGUUCAAAGAUCUCUCGAGCUUACAUCCGAUAAUUGCUCGACUGAUGCAUCAUCGUCAUCAAAGGAAGCAGAAAGCUCUUCCAAAAAAACAACUCAUGAAAAACUUCUCAUUGAUAAUACGGACAUUGAUUCACUCCUAAAAAAUAACUUGUUACGAGACAAAAGUUCAUUAGCUUCUAUAAAUAAUUUUAACGUGGGAAAAUCUGCUUCUCAAUCAAUAACGGAAAUAAAUGUUUCACCAGAAGAAUCGAUCGUUCAUAAUUCUAACGCUGAUCAUUCGACUGUUUCACAUGAAGUAAUGAACGUGACUAAUAUGGCAAAUAAACAGGAUAUUAACAAAUUGGACGAGCGACAAUUAAACGAUUCAUCUCAUGCGCAUGUUUCAACAUUAGCUUCAUCAAUCUCGUCGACUUUAUCUCUCGCAAAAGUAAAUUCAUCUUCUGAUCAUUCUCUCGACAUUAAAUUACCGCUCGUCGAAAUAUUCGAUAAUCAAGGAACGACAUUGCGUCAUGAUAAAAAUGAUACAAAGCCGAUCGUUUCGAAAAAUGCGGUGCACGUUUCGGAAAAAGUAGAACAGACAAUUUCGGUCACAUAUCACACUCCCGCGAGCGACGAUAAAAAUGGAACUACGUUGAAAGAAAACGUGCCUGUUGAGCAAAAUACGACCAAUAAUUUAUCCAUUACUCAAUCGCGAACCAUUGAAAGUAUCGUACCACCAUUAACACACUCGCACGCCGCCAUGGAAAUGAAUUUAAAUAAUCUAUGUAAUCAAGAAAAGGAAAUUACAUUUGUUUUGGAAAAAUCUGACAAUUUAAUGAUUAAACAGACCUCAGAUGUUCAAUCUUUAAUAGAUUCACAGGAUAUUAUAAAUCAAGAUCAAUUAUUUAAUUCGACAAAGAAUCAAGAAACAAUUACACUUCCACAUAAUCACAUAACAUAUACAAAAAUAUUACCCUCUUUAUCAAAAAAUAAUCUUGAUGUCAAUACUUACCCUAAAAAUAUUUCGUAUCUUGAAAUAUCAAACAGCUUUAGUGACCUCAAAACUUCAAAAGACAUUAAAAUUCCAGAGAAUAGUAAAACAGUAUCUAUUCCUGAAAUUCCAAACUCUAUUGAUAACAGCUCUGUUGCAAGUAGUAAUAAACUUCCCGAUGAAAAUGUACAUAGUCAAUUAAAUGAAUUAUCAAAUAGUAAUAACGACAUACCAGAUAAUACGUCUCCUCGAUUAUCUGUCGAAUAUGUUCUUUCCUUAGAAUCGAAAAAAAGUAUUUCGCAUCCCAUAAAUCGCGACGAAGAACUUCAUCUCAGAGACGAAGUUUCUCAAUCUCACGAUGACAAGAGACAAGACAUAAAAAUGUCAAAUUCAACGACAAGAAAUAUCUUACAUGCGCUUAAAAAUUUCAAUAUAUUCUUUACAACACCGACUGAGGAGAGAAAUAUCGCUUCAACAGUCAACGAAGACUCCUUCUCGGAUUCUAUUAUAGCAAAUGUCAACGACGCGACGCCCGGAAUACCUGACACUUUUGAAAUAAAGGUCUCAGAAUCACCAGUAACAACGGUAAAUGAUUGUGCACCGAUAAAAAAUAUCGCAAAUAUCGUUGAACGCGAAACGGGUCAGAUCGAAGGUGUUGAUACAAUGGAAAAUGCGAAAAAUGUCGAUUCGUCCGGAAAUGAAAUUUCAAUCAUAGCAUCUAACGAACAGGUUGAGCCAUCAAAAUUAUCGAAUAAUGAAAGUUUGAUAGAAAAAGAUACAGAACAAGUAAAUCAAUCUCGUAAAAGCGUGAUCGCGAAAUCCGUCGUGAGUCGUAGGUCGAGAUCGCCUCUUAAAAAGAUCGUUCGAAGAAAAUCGCCCGUUAAGAUAGUAAAAAAAUCAGCAAGCGUACCGAGAAAAAAUUUAGCACGGAAAAGCGCAAGUCCGUACAGUACGACCAUCACAAAAGCGAAAGCAACGGCUAGUGAGAUUACUAAAAGGUCGAAUCGAGCAAUGCAGUCCAAUGAAUCGCGAAUUAAAGAACUCUUAAAGCCCACGUAUAUCGCGAACAAUAAGGCAGACAAUAAAAAUAAAUUAGUUGCAAAAGAACCAGAUAAAACUGUUAAACAAUCACUAAAUAGCGUGCAAAAAAUUGCGGGAAAUAUUAAAGUAAAUGAUAAUAAAAAGGUUUUUAUGUCCGAUUUAGAAAAAAUAUCGAUAGUCAAUAACGCGAUCAAUCUCGAACCGCAAACUAAAGUACCUAUUGUUAAAAAAUAUAAUGGAAAUAAAUUGGAAAAUUUUAAAAAGAGAACGCCGGAAUAUCCUAAAAAUAAAAUUAUUAAAGAUAUUCAAAAUAAAAAUCCAGGAGGCUCAAAAAAUAUAAAACCGGAAACUUUUGAAAAUCAAGCAAUAAAGAAGAUAAAUCACAAAAUUAAAAUUUCGAACGACGAUAAAGUUUUAAUAAAAAUGGAAAAAUGUAAUUCAAAAUCUAAAUCGUUUUUACCGUCAAAAAUACCCAUUCUAAUGCGACGAAAAAUCACGCAAUUAACAGAUAGUGCCUCAUCAAACUCUUCUAAAAUAAAUUUAAAUGACACGUCUUUAUUGAAGAGCGCAUCAACUAAAUUGCCAAUAAUGUUGCCAGCAAUUUCGAAAUUAUCUUUAAAAAUUCCGGAAAAAGCUAAUGUAUUGAACUCGUCAACCAUGCAGAAAAUUGAUUCUAAGAAUUCUAACAAACUGAAGAGAAAUCAAAUUAAAUCUAAUGAUAGAGCGAUUGAAAUUACAGAAAAUGUGAAAGACAAGCAAAUCUUGGAAGAGACUCAUGCUAAAGAAAGUACUGUGGAAAAUGAAGAAACCGAAGAACCUCCGAAAGUUAAGUCAAUAGAAUCGAAAUUAAACGAGAAUUCACAAGCGUCGAACUCGACGCAUAACGAUCCGUCCGCGGAUCUUGGCAAACAAUUGGAAGUCGAAAACGCAAUCGAGGAAAGCUCGGAUGCUUUCAGCUCCGAUUCCGAGUGUUCUGAAGAGGACGAAGACACAGGAACAGCGAAGUACAUUUCUGAUCAUAACUCGGAAUACAAUUCUGUCGAGGAGUUCACGGACGCGGAGUUGUUGUUGGAGAAAACGCUAAAUGAGAUAAGGUCUGAAAUAUCGGAGUCUGAAGAAGAACGCACAAGCGAAUCCGAGGAAAGUGAGGCCGUCACUUAUUCGUACGAGACGGAAAGCCACGAUCAUGAUUCUACAUCGUCCGAAGACUCGGUCGAUGAACAGGAGAUUAAGUCAAGUGAAUUGGAAGAUUCGGUGGAAGAUGUAUAUGAAGAAUUAUCGUCCGAAGGGGAAGAGAUGAAUGAACAAGUCGAAACUUUGCAACAAGUUGAAGUGCUUUAUAAAGAGACCGAUGUUAUACACAACGAAAUAAAUGACAAUGAAGCCAUCAUUUUAAACAGAAUGGAGAGUAAUUCUCAGGUUACGCAAAAAGAUAAAGAAAAUAAUUUGAAAGCACCAACUGCUACUACGAUCGUAGAAUUACCUCGGUCGGAAAUAAACUCAGAAAUUAAUGAAAAGACAUUAGAAAUUUCUCAGAAUCUUAAAGCAGAUUCUAACAUUGCUGUAAUAGAUUCGGCGACAGCAUCUUCAGCGAAUAUCAAGCAGGAUACAAAUUCUAAAGAAAAUAUCCAGUCACAAAUUAAUGACUUGAAGAAGGAUGAGACAAAGCUUGAAGUCGCGAGCGAAAUCGAGCAAAGAGAUCAGUCGACAAUGCAGACCAAUGCGAUAAAGACACUGAGAGUCACGAGUCGCGAGUCACAAGAUAAACGCGUAAAAGUAGGUCGAAGGGCGAGUACGGGUAGUAAAGAGGUCAAAAUCGAGAAAGAUGAUACAUUAAAGGGGGUGGAUCGGGCUCGAGCGCCCAAGAAACGAUUUUCCCUCGUAGCCAGUUUCAUCCGUCGGUUCGAGGGCGAAGAGAAUACCGAAAGGGAAAGCAUCAGGCGCAAGAGACAAGGAUCUCCCAAAACGGAGCGGGAGAGAAUAGCGCGUCGUCUCCUGGCAGAGGGUCGAGCCGCGAAUUACGAUGAGGCCGAGGUCGCUGCUAGUUUGCUAACUCUCAAGUUCGGGGACACCGAAGCACUCCAGGCCGCGAAAGAAUGCUCCAGCAUAGAAUCCGCGCUAGCCUUCUUGCAGCAGGAGUGCGAGCUGUGCACUGGUCGUUUCGCGAUGAGUCAAAUAGUGUCCAUGCUAAAAUGCGUACAUCGCUGCUGCAACGAAUGCGCGAAGAAUUACUUCACCAUUCAGAUCAGCGACAGGAACAUCACGGAUGCCGUUUGUCCGUAUUGUAAGGAGCCUAAUCUCAAGGAUGCGAGUGAAGAUGAAGUUCUAGAGUAUUUCAGCAAUUUGGACAUCCAAUUGAAGACCCUGCUGGAUCCGCCAAUUCAUGAGCUCUUUCAGAGAAAACUCAGAGAUCGGACUUUGAUGCAGGAUCCAAAUUUUAAAUGGUGUAUUCAGUGUUCAAGUGGAUUUUACGCCGAUCCUGAUCACAAACGCUUAAUUUGUCCCGAUUGUCGAUCUGUCACUUGUGCUUUUUGCCGAAGACCAUGGGAAAAACAACAUGAAGGAAUCUCAUGUGAGAAAUUUGCCGCUUGGAAGGACGAGAAUGAUCCCGACAAUCAAGCCGCAGGUUUAGCCAAACAUUUGGCCGACAAUGGCAUCGAUUGUCCUAAAUGCAAGUUUCGUUAUUCGCUGUCUCGAGGAGGUUGCAUGCAUUUCACGUGCAGCCAGUGUAAAUAUGAGUUUUGCUGCGGUUGUGGCAAGGCUUUUAUGAUGGGAGCAAAAUGUGCGGUCAGCCCUUAUUGCGCUAAACUGGGCCUGCACGCCCAUCAUCCACGCAACUGCCUCUUCUACCUUCGUGAUAAGGAACCGGCGCAGUUGCAGCAGUUGCUCAGAGAAAACGGCAUCAAUUAUGACACCGAAGGUCCCGUCGGACAACGCAAAUGCAAGGUGCAACUGCAGAAAGAAACGCCGACCGGGGUCGUGGAUGCUGUAUGCAAUUCCGAUGUUGUCGAGGGCCACGCUGGUUUGUGCAGGCAGCACUACAUUGAAUACUUGGCGGGCCUGGUGCUCAAGGGCAGGCUGGAUCCCGUGGCAAUCUUUGACUUGAACGACGCCAAGCAAGAGUUGCGCCGACGGGGAAAAGUUCCCCCUGCGAAGGACCAGGAAAUGUCCGAGCGGGAUUACCUCAAGGCUUGCAUUCAGGUGACUAACACGAUUCCUCCGUGUCCUCUUGGUCCUCCUCUUCCUCCUCCGCCGCUGCUGCCAGUCUGUUCCUCCAGUUCUUUCGGUUCCUCCUCGCAUCUCCUGCCGUGACCCACUGACCGAAUUAACAUAGCAGUUGCAUGAAAGUAGAAUUCCUGCGUGCACGAGACAUUCGUAAAGUGAAUUCGACAAAAUCAUAAAAGUGAAUAAAUCGCCACAAACCACUAUCGAACAACCGUAUCUCGUAUCGCUGAUGUUUUGCAGUAUUAUUCACACUUAUAAUUCUUUCCGAGCACACUAUGAAG